AUGGCGCCCGCAAGGUCCCAUCAGGACGAAGGCUCGGACGCCCCGCAGUCUGGAACAUUGUCCGCCUCCCCGACGGCCGCAGCCACCGUUGCUGACGACAGCACAAACGGUGGACGUGAACGUGAGAAUAGAACUGGAAAUGCAGAGGGACAGCGUGGUGCCGGUGCUGGCGCCGGUGACAUUGCCCAGGCCUACAAAGACCUGACCAGGGGUGAGCAGGCCGCCACGGCCCUCGAAGCCAACCUUGCAAAGCUGGAAAGCAGGCUCGACGAGCUGCUGGCCGGUUUCGAGACUGACGAGCUGCGGAAUGCCUCCUCGGGCGGCAAGGGUCCCGCUGAGAAGUGA